AUGGUGCCACUCUUGGAGCUUGCCUCAGACUACAACUACUUCCAUCCUGAGACCACAGUACUUGCUAGGAGUAUCCUAUCCCUUAACUGGGUCCAUAUGCCAAUGGGCCCCUCCAAAUGUGCCUAUAUCCCCUCCCUGGGAAAUGCCGGCUUCAUCUCCAUCCAAAUACUAUCUGUCACGCUAUGUCUCGAGAGGUUCCUAUCCUGGAUUCAGAGGGCCAAGGGCGAGGCCUGGCACAGGAAGAACGUACGACACUCGAAGAAGGACGAAAAGGACAAGGCUUUUGAUAUUCUUCUACAUGCAAGUACUGAAGAGGCCCAGGCCGAGUCCCUUUGUGAGGAUAAACCAAGACCACAGACAAGGAGGCUAAAGAAAAAACAAGAGAAAUUACACAGGAGUAGUUCUGUCAUCUUGAGGCAAUCUCCUACUCAUUCGCAGCUUUCCUUUCUUCAUAGAGAACCCAUCUCCUUCUCCCUGUGCCCUGUAAAGCACAUACCGGAUCAGGCACCACAUGCUUCAUCACCCGAUAAUUAUUUUCCUAAACUCCGAUAUGUACCUUAUUCCUCUCUUAGCACGUCUCCCUCACCUCCUACACCCCGUUGCAUACUUUCCACACCCCCUUCCUCUCCAGAACAAUCAACUUUUCCUUUCCCCGAGCGAUUACCUUCUCACUCCACCGUAAAGCAUACCACUGCCUUGAGUCAUACGAACAUCUUGUUCCGGCGCCAAAGAACGACUCACCAAUCAUUCAGAGAUACCACUCGUAAGGCGCAGCCUCUGUCACGUAUUCGUCCGUCACUGCAACAACAAUCGACCAUCCAUAUGGAAAAACAUCCUUCCCUCUCCUCCUCCUCCUCCUGUUCCUUAAGUAAACACCGUUCUUCCUCUCCAGAACAUUCCUCCUCGGAAUCUUCAGCACCCAUUGUUCGUUCACUUCAAAGAAACUUGCCCAAACCUUCAAAGCAGCUUCCUUCUGCUCGUUCAUUCUCUCCCCCAUUUGAUUCACUAUCUUUUCCUGCCGAAAGCCAGCCAGUCUCUUCCAUUUCUCCACGAGGGAGUUCUCCGCCGAUUAGUCCAGAUGUUUCUUUGUGCCCACGCCACCCUUCACAACGUAAGAUUCCCCCGAGUAGUCCAGAUGUUCCUGCAUGGCCAUUAUCACCUCUGCCUCCACGCCGCCCUCCUUCUCCAGUCCAGACCAUGACUUGGAUGGUGGUGACAGCAGAAGUGCAUUGAGUGCAGAGCUUCAUACAAUGGCCGGUAGAGAGUGUCAUGCCUUACAACGAAGUGAAUGACUAUCAGAUGAAGAGCAGGGAAGAGAAGAACAGCGAGUUGGAGGAGGGAAGAGAAGAAAGGAGAAGCGGAAGAGGGAAAUGAAUAAAGGAGAGGUAGAGGAUGGAAGAGAAGAAAGAAGUAGAGGAGGGAAGAGAAGAAAGAAGUAGAGGAGGGUAAAGAAGAAAAGACAGGUGGAAGAGGGAAGAGAAGAAAGAAGAGGUGGGGAAGGGAAGAGAAGAAAGGAGAAGUGAAAGAGGGAAGAGGAGAAAGGAGAGAUGGAGGAGGAAAUAGCAGAAAGGAGAGGUGAGGGAGAGAAGUGAAGGGAAAAGUGUAGGGGAGAAAAGAGGAGAGAAUGAGAGGAGGGGGAGGAAGUAGAAAAAAGAGAGAAGGAGAGGUUUGAAUGAAGGGAGAGAAGGAGGAGGGCGAUACUGUCUUGUAGGGUCGAUUGUGAAUGGCUAUCUUCAUUUUCCUCGCAACUUGUCAUGUAAUUAGAUUCAUCACUCCUGUCAUAUUUUCAGGGUAUAAAUAACUAGGGAAACA